AACAGUUUGUUUUGAUUUUGAAAAAGAUGAAUAGUUCUCUUGAAAAGCUUGUAAAUAAAAAAACUUAUCAAUAGUACUGAGAAGCAAAAUCCCAUACCUACCUAUUCUUACUAUUAAGGCUGAGUUCUCUGCAGAGCUGAAAUUCUGAGAUAUUUUUUAAUUGGUUGAGCAUAACUGGUGUUAUGGAAGGAGAUAUUAAACUUCGAGUUUGUCGUCUAUGUUUUAAUAUUAUAUCGGAUGCAAAUAACUUUUUAUUCAUAAAAGACUCUUUAGAAGAUAUGCUAAAAGUUAUAACAACAGUGGUGAAUGUGGAUAAAACUUCUAAUCCUGUGAUGUGUAACAAGUGUUCCAAAAUGCUACAAGAAAUAUUUACAUUUAAAACCAAUUUCUUUGAAAGUGAAGAAAAAAUUGAAGCAAAAAUUUCUACCCUGAAUAAUGUUAAAUUAGACUUGAGUGAUAAAAGCAGUUUUCGUAAAAGAUUGGCACGAAACUCAAAGAGAAUAAACAUACAAGAGACUAGAGUUUGCAGAACAUGUUUAAAAGUAAUUAAUAAGAAAAAGUUUAUUGAUCUUAAUUCCUUAGCUAAUUCAAGAUUAUCUUCAAUUUUAAAUUCCUGUGUUCCCGAAAUGGAUUUGAAUAUAACUAAAAAUCCCAUAAUGUGCCAGAUAUGUUACGACGCCUUGCAAAAAAUGGAAUAUUUUAAAUCCCUCUGUAACAUAAACGAAAGUAAAAUAGAUGCUUUUUCAAGGACUGUGAGAUCUGAUCCGCUUCUUAAAAUCAAUUUAUAUGAAGUUUUACACUUUUCUAAAAACCAUUCGUCCAUUUACAAUGCCGUUACGAAAUUAAAUGAACAUACAUCGGAUGAAAGAGAAUCAACUAAUGCUUUAAUCUGUAAAUCUACUAAAAUGGAACCUAGUAUUGAUGACACUGAAAAAUAUUUGAAAGUAGACUGCUUGGAAUAUGUUUCAGUCAAAAUGGAACCAUGUGAUGACGAACAAGUGGCUGAAACUAAAAUUUGUUUGAAGAGAAGAAAUGUGACAAAUAGGUCCAGAUCAGGAACACGGAAGAAAACGAAUAAUAAAUGCGACAACAAAAAUAUGAUCUGUUGUUCUGAUUGCAACUUCAAAACUAAGUACAAACAUAAUUUAAGGCGUCACUUAAUCAUCGCACAUAAAAGGAAAGACAUUGAAGUCAACAAAAAGUUUUAUCAGUGUGAGCAUUGCAGUUUCUCUACGAAAUGGAACAUAGAUUUGACUAGGCAUUCGUUGUCUCACGUGAAGCCAGAAGCUCUGAAAUGUACAAAGUGUCCUUACUCUACCAACCAAAAUGCUCACCUUAUAAAUCACAUUUUGACCCAUGUUAAUGACGAUAGUAAGGAUAAACAUAAAAAAUCUAAUUAAUUUUUACAUAUUAGUUAAUAUAUUUUUUAAAAGAUA